AUGGCUGUUACUUCAAACAAUAACCAAGCCUCUGAUGAUCAAUCUGAUCAACUACCCUUCAAUGAAGUCAAGCUCUUUAACAAAUGGAGCUAUGAUGAAGUUAUUCUAAGUGAUCAAUCGUUGACGGAUUACAUUAGCUUCCAGCCAGGCAAGCAUGCUAUUUAUGUACCACAUACAGCCGGGAGGUACCAAGUGAAGAGGUUUAGGAAGGCUCAGUGCCCCAUUGUGGAAAGGCUGGUUAAUUCCUUGAUGAUGCAUGGCCGCAACAAUGGUAAGAAAAUGAUGGCUGUGAGAAUUGUUAAGCAUGCCAUGGACAUCAUUAAUCUUCUCACUGAUCAAAACCCCAUUCAAGUCAUUGUUGAUGCCGUGAAAAACAGUGGACCAAGAGAAGAUGCAACUAGAAUUGGAUCAGCCGGUGUGGUGAGAAGGCAAGCGGUUGAUAUCUCUCCAUUGCGUCGAGUGAACCAAGCAAUAUAUCUUCUCACAACAGGUGCUCGUGAAAGUGCCUUUAGAAACAUCAAAACCAUUGCUGAAUGCUUGGCUGAUGAAUUGAUCAAUGCUGCAAAGGGUUCUUCUAACAGCUAUGCUAUCAAGAAAAAGGAUGAGAUUGAGAGAGUUGCAAAGGCCAAUCGUUGA